CCUGCGCAGAAGCCUCUAGACGCUGAGAGGCAGGAGGUGCUUGAGAUCGUCCGCAGGGUUUGGGACUGCUACAGAGGCCGCCACGGAGCCCUCCGGAGCCCCCGUUCCUGCCGCCGCCGCCGCCGCCGCCCGAGUCGGUACCGUCGGGCUGCAGCCGCCGGCAAUGCCUCGAAGGAAGAGAAAUGCAGGCAGUAGUUCAGAUGGAACGGAAGAUUCCGAUUUCUCUACAGAUCUGGAACACACAGACAGUUCAGAGAGUGAUGGCACAUCACGCCGAUCUGCCCGAGUCACCCGUUCUUCAGCCAGGCUAAGCCAGAGUUCUCAAGAUUCAAGCCCUGUUCGAAACUUGCCGUCUUUCGGCUCUGAGGAGCCUGCCUAUUCUACCAGAAGAGUGACCCGCAGUCAGCAGCAGCCCACUCCAGUGACUCCAAAAAAGUACCCUCUCCGCCAGACUCGCUCCUCUGGCUCGGAAACGGAGCAGGUGGUUGAUUUUUCAGAUAGAGAAACUAAAAAUACAGCUGACCAUGAUGAGUCCCCACCUCGAACUCCAACUGGAAAUGCACCUUCUUCUGAGUCUGACAUAGACAUCUCCAGCCCCAACGUGUCUCAUGAUGAGAGCAUUGCCAAGGACAUGUCCCUGAAGGACUCAGGCAGUGAUCUCUCUCACCGCCCCAAGCGUCGUCGAUUUCAUGAAAGCUACAAUUUCAAUAUGAAGUGUCCUACGCCAGGCUGCAACUCUCUAGGACAUCUUACAGGAAAACACGAGAGACAUUUCUCCAUCUCAGGAUGUCCGCUCUAUCAUAACCUCUCAGCUGACGAAUGCAAGGUGAGAGCACAGAGCCGGGAUAAGCAGAUAGAAGAGAGGAUGCUGUCCCACAGGCAAGAUGGCAACAACAGGCAUGCAACCAGGCACCAGGCACCGACAGAAAGACAGCUGCGGUAUAAGGAAAAGGUGGCUGAACUCAGGAAAAAAAGAAAUUCUGGAUUGAGCAAAGAGCAGAAGGAGAAGUAUAUGGAACACAGACAGACCUAUGGGAACACUCGGGAGCCUCUCUUGGAAAAUCUGACAAGCGAAUAUGACUUAGAUCUUUUCCGAAGAGCACAAGCCCGAGCUUCUGAAGAUUUGGAGAAGUUAAGGCUUCAAGGCCAAAUCACUGAGGGAAGCAACAUGAUCAAAACAAUUGCUUUUGGCCGCUAUGAGCUGGAUACUUGGUACCACUCUCCCUAUCCUGAAGAGUAUGCACGGCUGGGACGGCUCUACAUGUGUGAAUUCUGUUUAAAAUACAUGAAGAGCCAAACAAUACUCCGCCGACACAUGGCCAAGUGUGUGUGGAAGCACCCCCCUGGUGAUGAGAUAUAUCGCAAAGGCUCCGUCUCUGUGUUUGAAGUAGAUGGCAAGAAAAACAAGAUCUACUGCCAAAAUCUCUGCCUUUUGGCGAAGCUUUUUCUGGACCAUAAGACAUUAUACUAUGAUGUAGAGCCUUUCCUGUUCUACGUUAUGACAGAAGCGGACAAUACCGGCUGUCACCUGAUUGGAUAUUUUUCUAAGGAGAAGAAUUCAUUUCUCAACUACAACGUAUCCUGUAUCCUCACCAUGCCUCAGUAUAUGAGACAGGGCUAUGGCAAGAUGCUCAUUGAUUUCAGUUAUUUACUUUCCAAAGUGGAAGAGAAAGUUGGCUCUCCAGAGCGCCCACUGUCAGACCUGGGCCUCAUAAGCUACCGCAGCUAUUGGAAGGAAGUGCUGCUCCGGUACCUGCACAACUUCCAGGGCAAGGAGAUUUCCAUCAAAGAAAUCAGCCAGGAAACUGCUGUGAAUCCCGUGGACAUUGUCAGCACUCUGCAAGCCCUUCAGAUGCUUAAGUAUUGGAAAGGCAAGCAUCUAGUUUUGAAAAGACAGGACCUGAUAGAUGAAUGGAUAGCCAAAGAAGCCAAAAGGUCCAACUCCAAUAAAACCAUGGAUCCCAGCUGCUUAAAAUGGACCCCUCCCAAGGGCACUUAAGUGACCUGUCAUUCCGAGCCAGCGAGCCCCAGCAGUAGGACUCCAUACCCUAGGGAUCUGUCUGUCAUUUCUGUUGCUCUUGUGAUUGGCAAGUACAGUAUCCUUUGGGAAGGCCACCCCCUCAGGACUGUCCUGGCUCCAACCUUCAUGUACACUGCAGACGCUAGUUCUGAGGAACUGUUGUUUCGGCCUCAGUGAGGUUGCCUGGAUGGAUCUGUACUAAGCUCGAGUACAGAUCCCUCAUAGCACUGACCCAAGGAGUUGUGUUAUGGUACUGUACCUGUCCAGUCACUGGUUCUCUCCUCAUGUUCUUUAGCCCCGUGAGGCUUGUUGUGUCCUGAACUUUGUGCUAGUGCUUUUUCAUGCCUGGUGACCAGACCUCCAAGCGUGGUUGCCACCGAAGGACCCUUUCCAGGUGCUCCUCCUUCAUUCUUUGUGAAGGUAGGGGCAGGCAAGAGACAG